AUGGAUUUCAGUUCUUUAGGAAAUCUCCGAAGCUUAGUUUCCGGGGAAGUGGGUGAUCACUACCCUGCGCUUCAUCUUCCUAGGUUUAGCUUCAGCGUAGAACAGAUGGUAGCGGUGUGCGAAGCUCUUGAAGAGAGCGGUGACGUUAGCAGACUAGCUCGUUUUCUUUGGUCGUUACCAGUAGCCUAUCCGCUCAGUGCUGAAGCUGACACGAAUGAAGCUGUGCUUCGCGCCAGGGCGAUAGUGGCCUUCCACUGCGGUAACUUCCGAGAGCUAUACAGUAUCCUUCAAUGUCAACGAUUCUCUAGAAAGUCCCAUGCUAAGCUGCAAAAUUUGUGGGUCCAAGCCCACUAUCUUGAGGCCGAGAAAAAGAGAGGAAAGUCCCUUGGUCCCGUUGAUAAAUAUCGUGUACGAAAAAAAUUUCCAUUUCCGCCUUCCAUCUGGGAUGGGGAACAAAAAACGCAUUGCUUCAAAGAAUGUGCUAGGAACUUACUACGUGAAUGGUACAUUAAGGAUCCUUACCCUAACCCUGAUAAGAAACGAUAUCUGGCUCAGGCUACGGGUCUCACCACUAUUCAAGUGGGCAAUUGGUUCAAGAAUCGCCGUCAGAGGGACCGAGCGGCUGCAGUAAAAAAUAGAUUGUUUCACCAGUCUCAGUACAUGGCCGACGCCAGCACCAGCCGGGCAGAGAAGCUGGAAAACAACACCCUUCAUCAACAAAGUGUAUCUCAUCGCUCCUUAAUGGUUGAAAAUUCGAUGUCAUCACGUACUUUAGAUAGAAAUAAAGAUCAAACAUUCUACGAUUCUAAACGCUUAGGUAUCAUAUCAAGUAUAGCUUCAUCUAACUUUGACGAAAGUUCCAACAAAGACGUUUACGAAACAAGAAGUAAAAGAGAUACAAGGGUUUUUGGAAGAUCAAAAUAUUUGAAAUGAAUUACAGUGGAUCAUCGAAAGACGAAACAGUAAAUAAUGAAAGAGUUAGAGCGCUAUCUAGCAGCAAACUUUCAUAAAUGUUAAAAAAGUGUUUGUGAAUAAUAAGUAAAAAAAUUUUUAAA